CUGUAUGUUUAUAUGACGUCAAAUCCGCCUUACACCACAUACCCGGAAGUGUGGGUAGAAGCUCACGCUGUUCGGGGCAGGCAGUGGAAGUACCGGGAGCGGGUGGCAGCUGCGGGUGUCCGGUGUAAGAAGACGGCUGCUCCUGGAAGUUUUUAGCCAUGUUGGAGUCCUAUGUGACUCCAAUUUUAAUGAGCUAUGUAAAUCGUUACAUCAAGAACCUGAAGCCAUCGGACCUGCAGCUGUCGCUCUGGGGUGGAGAUGUUGUCCUUAGCAAACUGGAAUUAAAACUGGAUGUUCUUGAACAGGAGCUUAAGCUGCCCUUCACUUUUCUCAGUGGUCACAUACAUGAGUUAAGGAUUCAUGUACCAUGGACCAAACUCGGAUCAGAGUCUGUCGUGAUAACCAUCAACACUAUGGAGUGCAUACUGAAACUGAAAGAUGGAGUGCAGGAUGAUCAUGAGAGCUGUGGUUCAAGCUCUACCAGUCGAAGCAAUACAGAGAGUGCUAAAUCCCCAAUUAAACCAAGGAAGAUCCAACAAGCGGCCCCCACUGAUCCUGACUUACCACCAGGUUAUGUCCAGAGUUUGAUUCGUCGUGUGGUGAACAAUGUGAAUAUUGUGGUGAAUAACCUGAUCUUGAAGUACGUUGAGGAUGAUAUCGUUCUGUCAGUCAACAUCACUUGUGCGGAGUGUUACACAGUGGAUGAGUUCUGGGACAGAGCUUUUAUGGAUAUCUCUGCCACUGAACUAGUCCUUAGGAAAGUUAUACAUUUUUCGGACUGCACCGUUUGUCUUGACAAGAGGAAUGCCAGUGGUAAAAUAGAAUUUUAUCAGGAUCCACUCCUAUACAAGUGCUCAUUCCGGACCCGCCUGCACUUCACUUAUGACAGCCUUAACUCUAAGAUGCCUGCAGUAAUAAAGAUUCAUACAAUGGUUGACAGUCUGAAACUCUCCCUCACCGAUCAGCAACUUCCUAUGUUCAUCCGCAUAUUGCAGCUGGGAAUUGCUCUUUAUUAUGGUGAAAUUGGAAACUCAAAAGAAGAAAUUGAAGAUCCUCCCGGACAUACGAAGGACACCGUAAUUCACAUGCCUGGAUCUGAAGAGGAGCUUACAGGUGUGCAGUAUCCUACACAGGAAAUGUACCCUAUGCAGGACGAUGAUCAGCAGGGAUGGGUGUCAUGGGCUUGGUCUUUUGUCCCAGCCAUUGUAAGUUAUGAUAAUGACAUUGAAGGAGAAGAUGGCUACACAGGAUCUGAAGAAGGUGUAACACAGGGCCACCAAUCUCAGCAGUCCAAGGACCCAAUCAUCUCUAUAGGUUUCUAUUGCACUAAGGCCACUGUAACUUUUAAGCUUACUGAAAUGCAAGCCGAGAGCAGCUAUUACAGCCCACAGAAGGUGAAAUCCAGAGAAGUUAUACGCUGGGAGCAGGAAGGCACCACCAUUGAGGUUCUUAUGAAGGGGGAGCCGUUCUUUGAUUGCCAAGUUGGCUUUGUUGGGAGUCAAGCUAUGUGCCUUAAAGGAAUUAUGGGAAUCAAAGACUUUGAAGAGAAUACAAACAGGGCCGAUUCUGAGGCCUGUUUUUUCACUUGUGGGGAGAGUUUAAGUAACAAAGGAAAUGCUUAUCUUACAAACUCACUUUUUGACUACAGAAGCCCAGAAAACAAUGGGAUACGAGCAGAAUUUAUUUUAGAGACGUGUUCUCAUAAGGAGACGUACACAGAGAUAGCAGGAAUGCAGAGGUUCGGGGCACUCUACAUGGAUUACCUGUACACAAUGGAGUGUACUAGUGGCAAAGUAUCGGUAAACCAGCAAGAUUUUCAAGCUACCAAACCAGAUGAGAAUGGAAGCUUCCAAGAGAUGUCCAUCAAACGGCUGGUUGUUGGACCCAUUGACCUCCGAUUUGACAGCAGUUCUGUGCAUAGGAUCAUGAAAAUGGUGGCCUGUUCUUUUGAUCAUGAAUAUGAGGCAUAUGGCUCUUCAAGUUCUGUUGUACAGGUGGAGUGCAAGACUUUGCCCACCCCUGAGGAAGUAGCAUCGUUGGAAGAAUACAUACCUACGAGACAGACUUGUGUCACCUUAUUGAAGUGCACCAUUACGAUCACGAUGGCCGAAUUCAAUCUUCUUGGGCAGUUAUUGCCUGUCAUAUUGGGGAAAAAACACUCUUGUAUCCCUUUAAACACAACAAGUUUUCAGCCAAUACGACCUUUGCCGGCCAUCACAAUACUUGCUGACAAAAUCAACAUUGAGCAUUCGGAGCCAAUGUAUGCAGAGCAACUGGUCCAGACCGUGAGCAGUCUCAUCCAGCCCUCGGACAACCUGCUCCACCAUUGCUAUGCUCAUUGCUACUUGAAGGUGUUUGGGUUCCAAGCUGGUCUCACGUACCUGGACAACAAAGGAACCUGCUACCCCCCUGUCCCAGUCAUACCUGCCUUUAGCACAGCCUUGUAUGGAAAACUACUUAGGCUUCCUCAGUAUUGGACAAAACGUACUCACGUUCCUGUGGAUGAAUACAUCUUUGAGCUUCCUAACUUGACCAUUCAAGCUACAAGAGCUCAGACCCUUCUUCUGCAAGUUAUUUGUCAAAGUUGGUCUUUUGGUAAAAACUCUUCUGGUCCUACAGGUCUGAGUGAAGCUUUGCUGACUGAAGUCUUUUCAGGUGUGAAAUCCAAGAAUGCGCUGCCAACUCUGGAGGGUUCUAUCCAGAAUGUUGAACUGAAAUUCUGCAGCACAUCAUUGGUCAAAUGUGUCUCCGGGACCCUGGGAUCAAUAAAAAUUUGUGCCAAAGCCCCAGGUGACAAUGGAAAAGAGAAGUUAAUCCCAUUGGUGCAAGGUCCUUCUGACACAAAAGAUCUCCACAGGAGUAAGUGGUUGAAGGAGAGCAGAAAGCCUGAAUCUUUGCUGGGUCCAGAUUUGAUAGCCUUUACAGUCCAGGUUCCCGAGCAGAUGGACUACUGCCACAGCUCUGGUGCAGUGCUGUUGGCGAGCGUACAAGGUUUAGCAUUGAAUGUUGACCCAGUAUUGUAUACAUGGCUUCUAUACCAGCCUCAGAGAAAAGGAGACAGACAGCCUCAACAGCCGCUGGGAUCCGCUCCCCUAGCCAUGCCACUGUCGAGGAAGAAGGAGGAUGAGGUGUCAAUUGGCAGCACGCCCUUGGCAAAGCAGGCAUCGAAUCAGCCGUCUGAGUAUGCCAGCAGUCCUGUCAAAACAAAAACCGUAACAGAAUCACGUCCCUUAUCAGUUCCUGCAAAGAUGCUACAAACCUCUCAAGAUUCCAGCAAGACUGCAGAAGAGAGAAUGAAGGAGAUUAUCAGACUGGUCUGGAAUGCAGUCAAGCGUCUUACUCUUCAGGUGGAGAUUCAGACGUGCUGUGUCUUUUUCCCGAAUGACAGUCUACCAUCCCCAAGCACCAUUGUAUCAAACGACAUUCCAGGCACCGUGAGAAGCUGGUACCAUGGGCAGGCAUCCAUGCCAGGAACACUUGUCUUCUGCUUGCCCAAUAUUAAAAUAAUGAGUGCUGGCCAUAAACACAUUGAACCCAUUCAAGAGAUUCCAUUUGUGGUGCCAAGACCUAUAGUGGAAGAAGGAGUUGCUUUUCCAUGGACCAUCAACCUCCACAACUUCAGUGUCUAUACUCUUGUUGAGCAUCAAGUCAUACUCAACUUAGUAGAACCAAUGGGCUGUACUUCUACCCUAGCAGUCACUUCUCAUGCGCUGCCAUCAGCUGGUCCUGAAGCCGGCCACUCAUUUGUUGUCUGUCUGCAUGUUGACUUGGAACCUUUGGAAAUAAAAUGCUCAAAUCCACAGGUGCAAUUAUUAUACCAGCUGACUGACACUAUGAGAAAAGUGUGGGAGAAGAUUCAGAAGAAAGGCAUUCUGUAUCAGUCAUCAUUGUACUUUGACUCUUCAACUGGUCCGACUCCCAGCUCACCGGUCAGGAGCAGCGUUGGCACAACGCCUCAAGAUACCAGCACAUGCAGCCCAUCUGCUGAUAUUGGGACCACUACUGAGGCUGAUUCUAUACAAGCUGCAGAAUCCCCGUUCUCAGAUUCUGUUACCCUUGAACAAACUACAAGUAACAUUGGAGUGUCAAGUGGCCGAGUCAGUCUGUGGAUGCAGUGGAUGUUACCCAAAAUUACCAUAAAGCUCUUUGCUGCUGACCCAACUUGUAAAGGCACAAAGCUCUGUGUAGUCAGUGAGCUAGAAGACCUCAAUGCCUCUGUUGAUGUCCAGGAUGUGUACACUAAAGUCAAGUGCAAGAUUGAAAGCUUCAACAUUGACCAUUACAGGAGCAGCCUCGUUGAAAACUGUUGGUGCCUGGGGCAGUAUGGCGGGGUUUUCCUUUCAUGCACCGACAAGCUGAACAGACGCACCACAUUGGUUCGACCCGUCAGCAAGCAGGACCCUUUCAGUAACUUUUCUGGCUUCUUCCCUUCUACUACAGCAAAGCUCUUAGAGAGCUCACACCAGCAGCAUGGAUUUCUCUCCCUCACGUACACUAAAGCAGUGACCCGGAAUGUCCGUCACAAGUUGACCACUAGAAGUGAAAGGAGUUCUCGGAGCUUUCAGAAGCUUUCCGAAGGCUCAACAGACAGUUCCCCUCACUUCCUUCAUGAGAUCUUGAUUUCAGCCCAAGCUUUUGAUGUUGUCCUCUUUUUCCCUUUGCUUCACGCAAUUUCAACUAUUUUUAAUGUCAGAAGACCACAAAGCAAAAAAGAAAAACACAAAUCUCCUGGACAACCAAUGAGAUCUCACACAUUGUCCUCACGCAAUCUGCCUCUUAUUUACAUCAACACCAGCGUCAUCAGAGUCUUUGUUCCGAAAGCUGAAGAAAAGCAGCAUCAUAUAGGGGCAAACCAGAAUAUCAGUGAAGAUACAUUGGUUUUAAAGAUUGCCUCUGUGUCCAUGGCUCCACAAGCAGAUAACCCUCUUAGCCGGAGUGUCUUGAGAAAAGAUAUUUAUCAGCGUGCUCUGAAUUUAGGUAUCAUUAGAGAUCCUGGAUCAGAAGUGGAGGACAGGCAAUACCAAAUAGACCUCCAGUCGAUUAACAUUGGUACUGCCCAGUGGGAGCAACUGAAACCUGAAAAGGAGAGUAACCAUGGAGGACUUCUAGUUGAGGCAGACAGAGGCUCUCAGAAUCCUGCCCUGGAAUGGAACAUGGCUAGCAGCAUAAGAAGACAUCAAGAACGGCGAGCCAUACUGAGUCCCAUACUAACAGACUUCACAGUACGAGUUACCGCAGCGCCAGCAAUAAUCUUCAGCAAAGUGUCCCAUGACAGUCUACAUACUGAGGAUAUUUUAGUGUGUGGCCAUUCCUUGGAAGUGAAUAUUACCACAAGCUUGGACUUCUUCCUAAGUGUGGCUCAAGUACAACUCCUGCAACAGCUGCUGCAAGCGAACAUGGUUGGAUUUGAGCAAACAAAUAUGGACUCCGAGAUAUGUAAACAAGAGCAACAGAAAAAGGACUGCACAGAUGGUCACACAGUGGACACAUCAUCACGUUAUAGUGGGGCCCAAGACAGUGGCAUUGGAAGUGACAGUGUGAAAAUAAGAAUAGUUCAUAUUGAACCACAAAGUGGCACAAGCCAUCACAGAAUAGUGAGACCAUCCAAACAGUCAUCAAUUGUGAAGAAUCUGAAUUUCAUCCCAUUCGAUAUAUUUAUAACUGCCAGCCGCAUAUCUUUAAUGUCUUACUCAUGCACUGCUGUGCCUAAAUCCAAAGUGGAUAGUAAAGACAAUGAGAAAGAGGGCAAAAGUGCCUUGAACCAGUCCUCUACAGAAUCUGAGGGGAAAGCAGACCGAUCUAUGCAGUCAUGUAUAUCCUCACUCACCGCUGAGGACCUUUUUAAUAGCAGUUCUUCUACUCCAGCAAAUGGAAAAACCGCUCUGGUUUCUCUAGAACGCCUGCAUGCAUCUACAAGGUCUUCUGCUCGACAAGCCCUGGGCAUCACAAUAGUGCGUCAGCCUGGAAGAAGAGGAACUGGAGACCUACAGCUUAACCCUUUUUUGCAUUUCAUUGUUUCCCAACCAUCUUUGCUCAUAAGCUGCCAUCACAAGAAGCAGAAGGUGGAAAUAUCACUCUUUGAUGCGCUCCUCAAGGGUGUCGAUCCGGAAUACAAAUGUUCAGAUGCUGGAAAAACUUUACCAGAAGGUUUGGAUUACUCCAAGAUUUGGCUACAGACUGCCGCAGGAGAGGUGAAUGCCAGAACAGGGAUUCCUCCACCAUUUGUCACACUGCAGAUAAAAGAUUUUCUUAAUGGGCCAGUUGACAUCAAUCUUGAUAUAUCAAGACCACUUAAAGUCAACUUCAGCUUUGUCAAGUUGGAUCAGCUGAGUGUUUUCUUAGAAAAGAUCAUAAAAAGUGGACCAGACCAUACACUAGAGUUUCUAGCAACAACAGAAGAAAUGCUGCAAAUGGAUGAAACUAUAAAGUCUACUACAUUCGGUCAUAGGAUGUAUCCUGGUACAGUGGCUCCUGAAGGAACAUGGAGGUCAAUGUCUUUUUUUCACAGGAUAACAUUUCAGACUACUCAGGUGUUCCUGUCGUUGGAGACUGUGCCACAUCCAAAAACUCCUUGCGUUUUGACAUAUUUUUCUGAUCUCCGAGGAUAUCUUAGUAUUCAAGCAGGAAACAAAACAUUAGAUUCAAUUUCUGGAGCAGUGUUUACUAUGAAUUUAAAUGACUUUGUCCUGAAAACAAGCAUGAAUGAAAGAAGCAGAAAUCUGAUUGGACCAGUGUCAGGUUCUGUAAAUCUUGGAGCUAAUUGGUGCAAGCACAGCGGGGACCCCGGUCCCCAACCCACAGUUCCGAAACUUGUUCUUGAUGUGAGAUGUGGCUUACUACAGGUUUUCUGGGGUCAGGAGAAUCUAAAUUGCUUAGCACUUCUGAAUGAACUUAUCCAGGAAUACCUGAAAAAUAAGUCAGGGUUGGGCACUACAAAUUGUGAACAGCCCCUUCUUCCUGUCUCCCCCAUGAUCAGCAGACCUUCAACCUAUAAGACAGAGCACAGCUCUGAUGAUUUAAGAACUGGACUUUUUCAAUACAUACAGGAUGCUGAUGCUCAGAAGAUCCCCAAUGCUUUUGAAGUGGUAUUUUACAAUGAGACAGAAGACAAUCCCGGGAUGAUGCUUUGGAAAUACCCAGAGCCAAGAGUUUUGACAUUAGUACGAAUUACUCCCGUACCUUUUAACACCACUGAAGAUCCUGAUAUUAGCACUGCUGACUUGGGAGAUGUUCUGCAGAUCCCUUGUAGCCUUGAGUACUGGGAUGAACUCCAGCGGUCAUUUGUUGCCUUUCGAGAGUUCAGUCUAUCUGAGAGCAAACCUUGUGAACUUCAGCUGCCCAGCAUUACCACAGUCAGUGACCAGAAAGAACUUGUGGCUUCGCAUCUUUGGAGGAUUGUUCUGAAUGGCAAUACUAAUGGCAUAGAUGACCAAAGCUCCGAAAGCGAAUCUGGCUCUCAAAGUGCCUGUGACCAGCUUGUGACUCCUACCGCGCUUGCAGCUUGUACAAGAGUGGAUUCCUGUUUUACUCCCUGGUUGGUUCCUUCUAUUGGAGUUUCAGUUCACUUUGCUCACCUAGAAGUGCACUUGUGUCAUCAUCUGGAUCAGUUAGGCACAGCACCCCCUAAAUUCUUACAUCCAUUCGUCUUCGAUAUGUCAACCCCUGGAGACCUGGAAUACAUGCUGGUCAAGCUAAAGGAGCCCCAUGUGUAUAUGCGUCAAUGGAGCGGCUCAUCCAUAUGCAAAGAGAUAAGAUUCUCCACCGAUGCAGAUUGCCAGCUUCUGGAGUGCCGUAAUCUUACCAUGAAGAGUUUAGUGAAACCAUUCCACAUUCAGGGCCAGACGGCCAUUUCCCUCAGUGCGCUGGAAAAAUUAAUCGACUGCACCGUCCUGGUGGAUCCGAUCUUUGUCAACCUAGGCCAGCACUCCGUACAUUCUAUUAACACAGCAACCCAGGCUUGGCAGCAGAACCAGUGCCCCGAGGCAGAGGAACUGAUCUACAGUCAUUUGGUCGUCUGUAAUGACACACAGGAGACACUGCGGUUUGGCCAGUUGGAUACUGACGAGAAUAUAUUGCUGUUCAGUCUCUGUUGCCACCAGUACUGCUGGCGCUCGCACAAGUCCCCACAGCUGCUACACAUCUGUAUUGAAGGCUGGGGAAACUGGCGCUGGUCUGAGCCUUUCAACGUGGACAACGCUGGGACAUUCAUCCGAACCAUCCAGUACAAGGGGCGGACCGCAACCCUGAUCAUUAAAGUGCGGCAGCUGAACGGGGUGCAAAAACAAGUAACCAUCUGUGGAAAGCAAAUCAUCUGUAGCUAUCUGCCAGAAAGUAUUGAUCUCAAGGUGGUACAGCAGUAUAUGGGACAUGAUGGUUGUGCCAUGGUGCGAGAACAAGUAGACUGCCUUGAAGCCAAACAGAAGCUGCCUUCUUACAUCCUGGAAGACAGUGAGCUAACAGAGCUGUGUGUAAGGGCAAAAGGAGAUGAGGAAUGGUCUCAAGAUGUCCCCCUGACUUCUGGCGCCACAGAAAACAGCUUCAUCAUUCAAGUGCCAGCUUCAAACGGGCCCAUCAUUUACGUGUGGUGCACGCUUCUAACCUUGGAGCCCGACUCUCAGGCGCAGCAACGUAUGAUUGUGUUCAGCCCUCUCUUUAUCAUGCGGAGCCAUCUUCCAGAUCCCAUUAUUAUACAUUUAGAGAAAAGAAGCCUUGGCUUAAGAGAAACACAAGUCAUUCCUGGAAAGGGACUGGAAAAGCCAAUACAGAACAUAGAGCCAGAUAUAACCCAUCACCUGACAUUUCAAGCCAGGGAAGAAGAUGACCCAUCAGAAUGUGCUGUUCCCAUCUCCACAGCUCUGAUUAAGCAAAUAACCAUGAAAGCACAAAGUGAAUAUUCUGCAGGUCAAAUUCUUUCUGACUUUUAUGGACAAGGUUUCAGUUCUCAGCCUGUGUGGCCAUAUAAUAAAAAAGAUUCAGACAGCGGGGAGCAUUUAGCUCAGUGGGAUAGUCCCAUGCGGGUUAAGCUCUCUCUCUGGAUGUCGCACCUGAAGACCUUGCUGAUCGAGCUGCUUCCAUGGGCGCUCCUUAUUAACCAGUCCCGAUGGGACCUUUGGCUUUUCGAGGGUGAGGACAUAGUUCUUCAGAUUCCUGCUGGAAAGACCAUUGUGCCACCUAACUUCAAGGAAGCUUUUCAGAUUGGGAUCUACUGGGCCAACACAAACACUGUGCACAAGUCUGUUGCGGUACGGUUGGUUCAUGAUUUGACUUCUCCAAAAUGGAAGGAUGGAGAUAAUGGUGAAGUGGUAUCUUUGGAUGAAGAUGGAUUUGUUGAUGCAAACAUUAAGCUUGGAGCCUUUCCUGGACAUCAAAAGCUUUGCCAGUUCAGCAUUUCAUCUAUGGUUCGCAAUGGAAUCCAGAUACUACAGAUUGAAGACAAGACCGUGCUCAUAAACAACACCUCAAUGAAGAUUUAUUACAGCCCACAGAUGUCUGUCCCACAAGAGCAUUCUGAUGAAGAGUAUGUUCCUGUACCAGACAGCACUGUGUUCAGCAUCGGCCCAGUUGGGGAACUUCCCGUCGCCAAGUACAACACCAUUCCCUGCUGGGAUCUUGUGUCAGACAACAGUCAUUCAACAGGAGAACCACCUCCUCUGCAGAAAUAUAUGCUGCUCAGCCUGUGCCACAACGCAGCCGCCGGAAGUCCAGAUUGCUGGAGUCUGCCCGCCAUUGUCCGCUUGGAGUAUCCGAGGCAAAGUGUGGCUGUUCCUUUAGAACUGUGUGCUGGGAACGACUUGUGCACCAAGGCACUGGUUUUGACUUAUCAGGAACAUUUUGGCGUGACUUACAUAACACUUACCGAAGACCCAAGCCCUCGUGUGAUUAUUCGUAACAGGUGCACGGUUUCGUUACUUCUAAAAGAGAAUAUUAAAGAAACCCCAAAGUUCGAGGUUUAUUGUCGAAAAAUCCCCGCAGAAUGCUCUGUGCACCACGAAAUGUAUCAUCAAGUCUCCAGCUUUCCAGACUGCAAGACCAGAGAUUCCCUUCCCGGGAUCUACCUGAAAGUCUUAUCGUGUGAGGAGUCAGCUGUGGAAUGGAGCGACCUGAUCGAUAUCAACAACCAGGGCACACAGGUGGUUUUCCUAACUGGAUACGGCUACGUCUACGUGGAUGUCAUUCAGCAUUGUGGAGCCAUCAUCAUCACUUUGGCUCCUGAAGGAAGAGCGGGCCCCGUUCUAACAAGUCUUAAUAGAACUCAAUGUCAGCGCAUUGUCUUUAAGUCAUUCAUCACGCAGCUCAGCGUGGGCAUAUACGAUGACGUCACCAACUACAAAGCUUCCUCAGAACUCAUGCGGCUAACUAUGGACAAUGUGUUCCUCCAUCUGACCCCGGUGGCCAGCUAUCUCAGGCAGCCCUGCCAAGAGAUGCAGACAGACCUUACCUGUGGGAUACCAGUGUUUUACAGCCUGGAAGUGUAUUGUGGCGAUUUACAGAUAGACAACCAGCUCUACAGCAAGUCUAAUUUCCAUUUCCCCGUUCUGGUUUGCCAAGAGGAGAGAAUAGAGUUCACCAGAUGGCCAAAGGCUGGGAGUCUGUUCAUGUCCAUCAAAGAGCUGGAGGAAUACAAGGAAACCUCGUUCUUCAAACUCUUCGUCACAUUCUCCUUAGAACAAGACGUUUGUGAUCUAAAUGAGCUUAGUUUUGAUCUGAGGCCGUCUCGACUUUACGUGGAGGACACGUUUGUCUACUAUGUAAAAACCCUGUUCGACACAUAUCUGCCAGAUAACAAAACACUGGAAAGUCAAGUCAAGUUCAUUGGAUCUAAGUUUCCUGCUAUACUACCCGAUCAAGUACGACAGCAUGCAACGGCAUUGGUUAGUCCAGUUAAGCUCCGAAAAUUGACUGUGCAGCCAGUUAACCUGCUGGUUAGUAUCCAUGCAUCUCUGAAGCUGUACAUCGCCUCAGAUCACACUCCACUAUCCUUCUCCAUGUUUGAACGUGGACCCAUAUUUACCACCGCCAGACAGCUCAUACACGCCCUGGCAAUGCAUUAUGCCGCCGGUGCCCUUUUCAGAGCAGGCUGGGUGGUAGGAUCCUUAGACAUCCUGGGCAGCCCUGGCAGUCUGGUACGGAGCAUCGGGAAUGGCAUUGCAGACUUCUUCAGACUCCCGUAUGAAGGUCUCACCCGUGGACCAGGGGCCUUUGUGAGUGGCGUCUCCAGGGGGACCUCAUCUUUUGUAAAGCACAUCUCUAAAGGUACCCUGACGUCUCUCACGAACCUGGCCACCAGUCUAGCACGGAACAUGGAUCGCCUGUCCCUGGAUGAAGAACAUUACAACAGGCAGGAGGAAUGGAGAAGACAACUGCCAGACAGUCUGGGGGAAGGACUGAGACAAGGGCUGUCACGUCUGGGUAUCAGUCUGCUGGGUGCAAUCGCUGGCAUUGUGGAUCAGCCCAUGCAGAACUUUCAGAGGACGUCCGAAGCUCAGGCUUCAGCAGGACAUAAAGCCAAAGGGGUCCUCUCCGGCGUGGGGAAAGGAAUUGUUGGCGUUUUCACGAAGCCGAUCGGCGGAGCCGCAGAACUGGUGUCGCAGACGGGAUAUGGGAUUUUACAUGGAGCCGGCCUAUCUCAGCUUCCCAAACAGCGUUAUCCAGCCAGUGAUCUGCAAACCCAGGAUGCACAAAACAGCCACGUGAAAUACGUCUGGAAAAUGCUCCAGUCUUUGGGCAGACCUGAGCUGCACAUGGCUCUGGACGUGGUCAUUGUUAGCGGCUCAGGGCAGGAGUAUGUUGGCUGCCUGCUGCUCACGUCGGAGGUUCUCUUUGUGGUCAGUAUCAGUGAGGACACCCAGCAACAAGCCUUCCCCGUCACCGAAAUAGACUGUAUGGAGGACCAGAGCUCGGAGAAUGGUCUCUUUGUGCAGCUCAAGCAGCAGCCGGUCUCCAGUGAGCUGGAGUGUGAUGGGACCAGAGAGCGCCUCUCCGAACAGCAGUACAGCCGACUAGUGGACUACGUGACCAAAAGUUCCCCUCACUUGAUCCCCAGUCAGUCCUCACUACACAUCGCCACCCAAGUGGUAGCCGCAGAGCCCCCACCGUCCAACAUAAAGACCUAUCAGUUCCUGGUGGAGGCAGCGUAUGCCCGGGUGUUCAUCAGCAAAUUCAAGAUGGUGAAGAACAAGGCGCUGCAAAGAGGAUUCUACUGACUGGCAACCUCAACUCUGCAGCCACAAAUACACAACCACAAGACCCAACAGAACUACCCUGCGGAUUACAGCCCCACAAUACCUAUCCUCUGACAACCCUUAACAGGAAUAACAUGCAGUCUGUUUAGUUUUUAUUUAAUUUCAGCUUUUGUGUCCUGCAUUGUAUAUGGUUCUGGUUUGAGGGGUCACGUGCACUAUUAGGUUAGGGUAACGUGCACUAUUAGGUCAGGGUCACACAUGACGUAUUUUGCUGCUGCCUUUCCUAAAAUCAGCUGCGUAUUUUGCUACCCAUUGACUUCAAUACGCAGCAGCAAAAUAUGGCACGUGUGACCCUACCCUUACUAUACAGUCAGACAUGAGAUAUAAAUGCGUUAGGCCAAUGUUGAGGCUUCUCCAGCUGUCCGCCGCAGGUUGGGGACUACUGCUUUAGCAGAUACAUUCCUCCAAAACUGUGGCUGGGUCUGCCAAAUGUUAUCAAAUACCUAUGGCCAACGUAAAUGCUGGCCGCCAUAUUUUCUCUUUCCUGCCCAACCUAUGGAAUCCAGGAUCAAUGGGUAAUUUUUGUAGACUCAUCCGACAUCUUAGGCUACGUUCACAUGGCCGUUGUCCCCCGUCUAGAUUUUGUCUGUUAUUGUCUCCGAAACGGACCAUUCUAUUAACGGAUGCUAAUUAGUGGCAUCCGUUUGCAUCAGUUUUUCAUCCGUUAGUAUCAGCUGUCAACAGACUCCUGCAGCAUGGACUACUACUACUUACCCCAUCAUGGAACAUACUUGUUUUCAUGAUGGGAGUAGUAGUUCCCCGGCUGCGGGAGUCUGCAGGUGGGUGGGAGGCUAGAUUAGUGUUUGUACUACUACCCCCAUCAUGGAAUAGUCUGUUCCCGAUGCGAUCAGAAAUUUUUAAACAGGGGAGCGGGCGGCAUGCUCCACUCCCCUGUGAUGUAGAUCGUGUGCGUGUUUUACUUUCCUUUUCAAAUACCCCACUGGGAGGGUUUUUAAAGUG